CUUUAGGCAGGUUUGAUGGUACAUCUUGUUAAAUAAAACCCACUGAAAUUCAUAACCAAACUGGAAAUCAAACAAGAACAGAGACGAUACAUUAAAGUCAUUGGAUGUCUCUUUUCACAUGAAAAGAAUUGGACUAAUUUGGAGGUUGAAUUUAUACUCCGAGAGUGAUAUAUGUAAAGGAAAGGAUUGAUUUCGAAAUCAUCAUUGUAGUACACAGCAAUCACGCACACGCAUCAUAAUGACACAAUCUCAAAUACUUGUGGGUAAGAAUAAUCCGCAAACGGAGUUUUUUAAAAGCGGCGUGCAUAUACCGAAUACAUCUUUUCGUUUUAUGAAAUGUAAGUAGAAAGAAAGUGGUACAACGCCCUGUGCAUGCAGCUGGGGAUAAUGAGUGUGUAACUACUAAGCCAAAGUCUGUUGGUUUCUUUAAUCGGCAGUUGGGGCACUGCACAUCUGCAAUAUGCAUCUCAUUGGCUCUACAUUUAUUUCUAGCUUAGCUGUUUUCACAACUUACACUAGAGGGAGAAAAGGGUACUAUAUCCUACCCCCAUCAAAUCCUUCUCCAAAAUCACCUAUUAAUAUUAUUGAUCAUACCGGUAGUUUUUUCUCCUCCUAUAUUCAAGAGUUUCGGAACGAUGGUCACUAUUUAGUUUUCAAGAAUUAUAUAAAAUAUUGUACAGGAUUCACAACAACUCGAAUGGUUGAGAUCAAUUGGUUCCGAUAUAAUACCAUAGGAUUUGACGUCGGAUAGUUCGGACCAAGGAUUUCAAUUGUGGGAUUUCAGAUUAAACCCCCACACAUACACAUGCAUCAUUUCGCUAAAGUAAACUCAAAUUAAAGGCUAUGGAUCUUGAACUAACCCUAAUUUGUUACGAUUUCAAUAGGAAUACAUCAUAAUUUGUCAAGCAAGAACACAAAGAUCAUAAGCAAGCUAUUGCCCUUUAAACCCACAAAAUGAUCAAACAAUACAGCAAGCUGACCUGUGGAGCAGGGUAUAUAUACGUACAUAAUAAUGUAGGUGAAACCCUUAUUAAUUGCAAAGUUAGACUUUUCCCAUCCAUAUUUCACCGACAUCUUCACACUCUCUCCUCUUUCAUUUUUCUGUAUGUUCAAGUAAAUAAAACAAAAAAAAAAAACAAAAAACAACUCACCUUCCUCCUCCCUGUCCAUAAUAUCGUACUAUCAUCACCACCAUUAUUGUCUCUUUACUCCUUCGGUAGUUGCUCAUCUCUAUCUCCCUCCCUCCCUCCCCCCAUCAUCUCUCUGCAAACAAAUUAAAUCUUCCAUCUCCUCAAACCAGAAGCAACCCAAACAAACAAAAGCAUGGCAGUACAAUCAAAGAAUAAUAAUAAUAAGAAGAAGAAGUUCAGAGGUGUCAGGCAGCGUCAGUGGGGCUCCUGGGUCUCCGAAAUCCGCCACCCUUUACUGAAGCGGAGGGUGUGGCUGGGGACGUUCGAGACGGCGGAGGCGGCGGCCAGGGCGUACGAUCAGGCCGCCGUCCUGAUGAACGGACACAAUGCCAAGACCAAUUUUCCCGCCACCGCCACGUCAGCGAGCAGCAGCAAGACGCUGGGGGAGGCUCUGAACGCGAAGCUGCGGAAGUGCUGCGGCAAGGACCCCUCCACCAGCUCGCUCACGUGCCUCAGGCUGGACUCCGAAGACAGCGCCCACAUUGGUGUCUGGCAGAAGCGGGCCGGGGCCCGGCCCACAUCCAGCUGGGUCAUGCGCGUCCGUUUGGGAUCCGGUCCUACUCCUGCUGUCGUCGGGCCUGCUGUGGACAAUGCUGCUGAGGAUGGGCCUGCUGCUUCUUCGUCGGGCGAGGGUGAGGGGAUGUCGCCGGCGGCGGCGGCGAGUGGGGGAGAGAAGGAAGAGGAGGAGAACAGAGUUGCUAUGCAAAUGAUAGAGGAGCUCCUUAAUUGGAACUGAUUAUGGUGUGUUUACUGUACGUACUCUCGCUUUCAGGUGGGGCUAGUAUACUACUCCUCGUCUCGUCGUCGUCGUUCAUCUUCUCCUCUCUUUAUUGUUACGUACAAAUAAAUCCAUAUAUUGUAAACGGACAGAUAUAGCAAUAUACAUAUAGAUCCACUUUUAGGUUUCUUUUCAUCUUUGGAAGAUGAAGAAGAAGAAAAAAAUCUGAACUAAUGCUACGAUUGGGUUGAUGGCGUUAUUUUGGUUACUUUUUUUUUAGUGUUGAGAAAGUUAUUUUGGUUACUUAUAUAUAUAUAUAGUAUAUACUCAGUUUUUUUCCCUACGUUAUCAGUGAAAUAUGGAUGUACUAAAUGAUUACUAAUGGGAUCCAUCUUAUUUUGGGCUUGAAUUUUGAUGUGGAUAAAUAUUUAAAAAAUUAGAAUGUGCUUAUUUAUACCAAAAUCUUUCCGAAAAAAAGUGAAACAAAACAUGAUAAAUGUAGUUUAUCAGUAUUCCUACAAUUCUUUGGUUAUGUAUGUUGAAAUAUUUCAUGUCUAUUAGUUAUACCGUUCUUUUGAUGGAAACAACGUAACUGUUGAGGUAUCAAUAUGAGUGCAUGCGAACGAGACUAUGGUCGAGUGUUCGUACCGCGAGUUUUCACCCUUGAGGUCCUAGAUACAAAUCCCAGGGACGACACUCCUUUCCCACCCUCCCCCACCCCUCUAGUGGAAGUGUAGAAUGGUAAUGUAAAUCCAUGUAGCGUGCUGUAUAUUUUAUAAUCCAACAUCUAAGUCCUAAGAUCAUAUAAUAAUUCAACCUAAAAUGGUAAAGAAAUCUCAAAACAUGCACAAGACAAGCUGAGUGAAAACUGAAAAGGAGGGAACAAAAGGACAAGUGUAGAUAGAGAUGUGCUAGAAAACACACAUUAAGAUGAAAGGACGUAAGCGAAAGCGGGUAGGUUUAUGGGGUUAGAUUUGGCAUUCUGCCAAGUCAAAUAUCCAACCUAGACUAUCUCCAAUGGUAAAGCAAAAAAUGUCACAAAACUUGGAGUUAGAUUUGGCAUCUGAUCUUACCAAAAGGUUUUUAUUCUCCAAUAAUGAGUGUUAAAAUCUCAAAUUUUCUAAAUUAAUUUUUGGCCUAAACUCCAUUAUUGUAUAUUUUAUCGCCUAGUUAGAUAAUUUAUUCAUUAUUUUUAUAUACAUAUUAAAAAUAUAUCAUAUUUGAAGAUGUAAAUUUUUAAUGUUCAAAUUAAAAAUAUCAUAUUAAAAUGUUCAUUUUAAUUAAUUAUUACUACGGUUUGGGAAAUAUCAAAGCCAAAUCCACCCAAAAAAAUUUAAACUCUACGGUUUGUUUCUAAUUGGGUUGGGUCGUGUUGGCGAUGUUUUUAAGUAAAAACCCAACCCAACAUAAAAUAUAUAAUUAUUCUACAUCAUAAAAAUAUUUUAUAACUAAUUAAAAUUUCAAACGAAUGAACCAAGGUGAAAGGUAUGAAAAUUCACAAAUGUUCUUUAAAUUUUAAUAAAAUGUGAUUUACUUCAACAUAUGUCUUGUUUUUUCAAGAUAUUUGUUGAAAUAGGCUAAAAAUAUUAUAAACAAACGCAUCAAUCAUAUAUUAUUCUAUUAAAUUUGUACACAAGAAAAAGGAUUACGUGAAUUAUAUCUAAAUUCAAUUUAUGUCUAAACUUUAAGUCGAAAAAUGCAUUAGAUUAGGGAGACCAUGAGAGAAAAACAUGACGAAAUAUCUUAAUUUUCUCAUAAGUAUAUGACUAUAUACGACAUAAAUAUUUUUUAGAUCCGAACUCAUACUAAUAGCUGGAACACGGGUUGGGUCGGGUUCUACGGGUUGUGUAAUCCAAAAUCCAAACCCAACCCAAAAGAGGCGGGUUGUACAAAACAAAACCUUCACCCAACCCAAAACCUUCGUUUUAACGAUAAAUACGGGUGGGUUGGAUCGGAUUAGACGGAUAGGUCGAUUUACGGGUGUGUUUGUUCACCCCUAUCUACACUGAUAUGAAAAGUGGGGAGACCAUAUUUAGGAAUGGCUUUUUGUCUUAUCCAAACCAAAUUUAGCCCCAAAUCCUCCUUUUUUUUGUAACUUUUAGCCAUUAUUGUAGGUGGUGUUUUACAAUUUUGCCCUUUUUAGAGAGCCAUUGACAUGGUCUCAUUUUUGCAUCAAUUUAAGGUUCAUUCAAUAUUUUCCUUUGCCGCAUUUAAAUAUAUUUUUGUUGUAUUACCAAUUUACCAUGAUAUUCACUACUGACUAACCCAUCGCUAUAAGUGAUAGCACGAAGCAACAAAUAGUUGAACACAAAACGCCCUUAAUAAUCAAACGAAUAGUCCCACAAAAAAUAAAUUACAGAUAGAACGACUUGUUCUACCACUUAGAAACAAAAUAUUAUGCUUCAAAAAGACAUUAGAGGCUAAAAAUAUUAGCCAACGAUUCUCUAAUCAACAACAAGUAAUGUUUCUCCCGGCAAGGCUACAGUAACAAUUCUAUCGAAAAGAAAUGAGUUAUAUCGUAUGUUUCUAAAAUUAUACAAAGGUAAAUACAUGCCUUGCAGAGACACAUUUCUAAUAUACGUCUGUAUACAACCAUUUUUCUUGUAUUGUGUUAUCUUAUAAUUUAAUAAUUAGCAAAGUUGUCAAACCGGUUUAAGUCAUUGAAUCAGUCAAAUAAAGGGUUUGAGGUUUAAUGAUCUCAUCGGGGUCCGACCAGUUUGAGGCGUUUUAGACGUUUUCUAAAUAUAUAUACAAAUAAGGUAGUAAUUAAAGAUUUAAUGACUGAAAUUACAUUUAUCUUACAUAUAUCUAUGUUAAAAAAUUAUUUUCCGCAAAAUAAAUCUACCUAACCUUCAUGACCCACCUACCAGCUCCCUUCAUUCGUUCCUCUUCCUCUCUUCCCCCUCUCUUCUUCUCCCUCUUUAGGGGUCAGACUGGAAGCUUUCUGAAGGCUGUUUUGAAGCCCGGCUUCAGUCGGACCGGCUCCAACCGAGGUCUAAUAGGGGUUAAACAACCUUGAUAAUUAGGGAAGCUUUGUCUAGAGUUUAGUUAUGAAAGAUUAUAACAUAGUACCAUACUCCAAAAUUUCGAUUAAUUCGUGAUCUACAUAUAUAGUCCGGUAUCACUAUGGUAAAUGCCAAAUUUACUAGGCACAAUAUAUCCUAAAUAAAAUUACAUAUUUAUCAACUAGCAAUGGGACUCCACUGACUUCUAGUCACCAGUCUAGUUUAUUAUUUGGAUUGCUGGCUCACAAAUUGGACCUUUAUUUCUUGAAAAUUUUGAGGGCCACAAAACAAAUUUCUGUGGCGGAGGACCGAGUCCCCUACCUGCAGUGCAGAGCUUGGUUUCUUUUCUUCCCUCAUUUGCAGGCCGCCCUUUUAAAUGUUUCAGGUUCAGCGUUUACAGUUGCAGUUAGUUGAUGGCAGCAAGACUCCUUCUCAAAAGUUUCCGGUUGGCCGGCUGCAGACUUCAUGCCAUAGUCUAAUGGCGGUGCCGCCACAUCCAAGUACGGCUUCUUUUAUAUAACUCAUCAGUUUAUGUAUACGGUCUCUCUAGAUUUCUCGAAUCAAUUAGCCUAGAAAAAACGUAAACUAAAGGAGACAGAAAUAUAUGGAUAUGAAAAUUUUAUGAGUUGUCAAAAAGCGGGAUGGGUCCACGGUAUGAUCAGAUAAAUCACGAUCUGGACUAGAUCAAAAGAGCAAAACAUCCCACAAAUACAAAUCAUGGACCAAUCUCAAUUUUUUUUUAACGAUCUACGAUCUGGCUCACAUUGUGCCCACUCAGGUAUCGUUUGCUUGUGGGAUUUGGGUAAUGGAUUUGGCACCCAAAUUCCAAGCAUCAUGGAUUUGACACAACUCUAUUGUUUGAUAAGGGACACAAAUCUGUGGGGGCCACGGAUUUGAACCCUUUUUUUAGAUCCAAAUCCGUGGACCCCACGGAUUUGCAAAUCUCAUAUUUCAUUUAGGAUUUGAUAAUGGAAGGCAAAUUUGUGAGACAAAUCAAUGAUAAAUCCAUGAUAAAAAUUAACCAAACAAACAAUGAACUCUUCCAAAUCCAUAAUGCAACAAAUCCAUCAUAAAUCCAAAGAUUUUUAAAACUCAAAAUCCUCAUUUUUCAAAUUCAACAAGCAAACGAGUCCUUCAGUUUUGUUCCAUAAUUUAUCAAAUGAUCUUAUAUAUUUUUCCCGCGUUAGUUUUCUUCAAGAUGGAACUGAUGAUGACGGGAAUAGGCCACAGUCCACCGGCGUGCAGGGCCACAACUCCUGAUCCAACUAUUUCCACUUUGAAAUAGAUUGGACCUUUGGUUUUCAUCUUAUAAGCCCCAAUAGGUGUCCAUCAAAACUGAUUGGGCCGUUGGAGAUUCUUCCAUUGGGCCUAAAUCAUUAUCCAUCCACAGGCCACAGUAUCCCAUGAUGCAAUUAAAAGAUCGAAUACUUGGGGGCAAACAAACCAUUAUUCUUUGCCACCUUAAAACCAAGAAGCAAGCAGCUAGGUAAUAAUGAUGGAAGUAGUGCUUUCUUGCCCUCUUCUUCAACCUCAUUAUGCCACUCCUAAUCCAAGAAACCCUUCAGAAUAUA